AGUGAUUAUAGGACUUUUAAUUUGUGUUCUCUGAGGGUUUAAGGCUUAAUCAAGUUAAAUUUAGAUAAUUUUUCUUUUCUUAAUGUUUAUAAAAUAAUUUAAUGUUGUGGUUUUCAUGUUAAAAUAUGGUGCUAAUUUCUUAGGGCUUUAUCAACUAUUUUAGGGAGGUGUUUUAGCAGGUAUUUUCUUACUUAUGGUACCUAAGGCAAGCAAUAAAGAUUUUUGCUUCACCAGAUAGCUUUCAGAGUUAAAAGCAAAAGAAACUCAGCUAAAGUUAAGUCUCUAAACUGGACUCUCUAAAUGCAAACUGCCUGGGUGCUUUUGGUUUUCACUUAUCCAAAAGCAAGAGCUUUUUUGGAACGUGUCUGAGCCCAGAGUUGUGCCCAGUUAGGGAAGGCUGUUACCCAUGAUGUGGCAUGGAAGACAUUUUUGGUGAUCUAGAGGACCAAGCUGGGCUGUGCAAUCAACAGGAAAGAUAAGAAGGUCAAACAGGAAGAGCUGUAUUGGAGUCAGCUCCGAGCAGAGCUCAGGACGGCACAGAUCGCUCUGUUUACUGGCAUGUUAAAACAAAUCUCUCCAAAAAGGUUUUUGAUACUGUUAAAUGAGUUGCUGUGAGGAAUCACAAGUUAUGGAGAGGGCAGCAGGAGCGGAAGCCAGUGCCUCUGUGCUCAGGUUUCAUGCAGUUAUGGAGGAGGGAAUCCCUCCUAGUCCAGAGGGAAAGCAAGAUGGUAAUUUGGAAAGGAAAAAUGUAGAGCAGGGAAGCUGGACAUCUGAAUGGAAAUGUGAGGAGGCCAAUGCUGUCAUAAAUGUCAGUAAUGAAGAUGAGAAGAAGCCUUUUCAAGAACGAAUGGGAUAUUCUCAAAAUGAAAAAUGUACAGAUGUCAGUUCAAGAACACUUAAGAGUCAAGCAGAGAAUUUUCCAACUGAUAUCUSCUUGAAGUUAACUGCAGUGAGACGAAAAAGUGGAUGUUCUGAUCCCAGGCUCCAAAGACAGCUGAGAGGACGACUUCGUCUUCUGGAAAAUGACAGCAGGGAGGUCGUGGCAGUCUUGAGUGAGCUCUCAGCUAGAUUGCUGUCUAUUCACAGUGACCAAGACCUAAUAGUAGUGACUUUUAAAACUUUUGAAGAAAUAUGGAAGUUUCUAACCUACUAUUCRCUUGGCUUUAUAAAUCACUGCAUGGAGAAUUUAUUCCUAGAUCCAUCUUUCUGGCUGUCUUCUCAAGAAGAGGAAGAAACAGGCAUUGAAGUCUGUAUAAAUGAGCAUUCUUUAAAUUUGAUGUACCAAAGUCUGCUAAUACAGGAAGGGGCAUUUUUUGUUCUAAGUCCUGACAAUCUGAUAAGAAAGAUAACAGCUACAGAGAAUGAAAUAAACAUUGAUGGUGAGAAUGGGGCUCUUGCUGAAGAUGCAUCGGUUGGAUGUGGGGAUGGUGACGUGACCAUGUUGUCUAAUGUUUCUUCAGAGCCAUUGAUCCCUUUUCAUCAAUGGUUUCUUAAAGUGUAUUCUGAUCCUAUUGAUCUUACUUACAAAAGAGAACCUAAAUCCAUCAGGCAAGUUGCAACAGGAUCCUGCCUAGCUGYAGUGAAUUAUGAAAGUACUGGGCCUGAAGAGAUUGGUUUCCAAGCAGGGGACAAAAUUGAAAUCCUUGGCUACUUCAUUGAAUGCAUGGAAUGGUUUGUUGGAAGACAUGUGCUUACUGGUCAAACAGGUUUUGUAAAGACAAAUCAUGUUAAACUGGACAUGUCAGGGAAUAGACCACAAGAGCUGGAAUUUCUGGAAGCAGAAGAACUACCUUUUUUUUCAAAAGAAAAAAAUUUGGAAGAAGUCAUACAUUUAUUGAAACAAACAUCAAUCACAGAUGUUUGCUCRGUGUAUAGAAUAGAUCAGUUGGAAGAACUCGAAUAUCAGAAGUCUCAUGAAUGUGAAAUUCUAUGUCCAUGUUCUACCACGGUAUCCACUAGCAAGAAUGGCAAGAUAGAAGAAUUCCUGAAGAAAUUCAAGGAUUUGGAGGCCACACAAGUGGGAGAGCCAACUCCUGAAGGAAAAGAUUCUGCUAGCUCUUUAAAUACAGGAAUCCUUCCUCAACCUGAAAAAAAAUUCUUCUGUAUACAUCAAGAUGAUGUUCAAGCAUCUAAAGUGUUUGACUCAUUGUUGCUGUUCUUAAAUAGAAAAGAGUAUGAGAGGAACUUCAAAGACCUCUAUGAUUUUUCUUACUCUUUUAUCACGAACAUGUUUUACGGUUACUCAGAGGAAGAAGAAGUGGUUAAUUAUUUGAGAUUAGCAAGGGAAGCAGCGAAGAAAGCAAGCAUGKCCUGGGCUCUCACAAGGCUAUGUUUUCUUUUAGGUAGGUUGAGUGUUAAAAAGCUUAAGUUUUCCCAAGCUCGGGUUUAUUUUGAGGAAGCCUUGGGAGCUGUAAAUGGAGGAUUUAGUGAUAUGUAUCUCAUAAUUGCUCUUUAUAUAAACCUAACAGGGAUCUAUUUGACACAAAAGAACAAAGAAAAGUGUGCUCACAUUUUUGACAAGGCUGUGUCCCUUCUUGUGAGUAUCCCCAACUACAUUUGCAGCUCUGACCUUGAGUCAGAUAUUCUAAAGCAUGCUCUAAAGAGGGCAAUACUGAGCCAGAGCCAGCCUGCGGAGGCAAGGGUGUGCUUUCUAUUGGCAAAACACUACAMUGAACGCAAACAGUACGAAGAGGUGCUGCCAUUCUUGGAAAGGUUGCAACUGUUGCUUAAUGACUUGAGUUUUCAAAACAACUUGACAACCAACUGCUAUUUCAAACUAGCAGAGUCGUACAAUGAGAAAUGCUUACCCCACAUUGUGUUAAGUUGCGUAAAGGUUGCUUCUUCCUGGAGUUCAGGUACCUUAAUGGAUUCCUUGAAGAGAAUUGAUUUGGUCGUCAAGAAUGCUCCCAAGCUCUAUGGCCUUAGAAAACUCAAGCAGACGCUCCCAUCCCAAAUAGCACCUUAUCUCACGCAAGCUCUCUCCUCUUCGUUUACUAAUGACCACCAAGGACUACGCAGCUCUAUCUACCUUGGCUUAGCAGAACUGUACAGCCACUACAAGCACUAUGGAAAAGCCAUUGCUUACAUGACGAAAGCGCUGGACUCCGAUAUUUCUGCUAAGCCGGAGGAAACUGUCAACCAUUUGGUUUCACUUGCUUGGCUAUAUAUUCUUCAUGGGCAGUAUGAUGUGGCAUUAGCCAUUUUAAAUGCCAUUGGAGACUCUUCCCGGAGCAAUCCUCAGCAACUAGGCAUUGUUUAUAAUAUGCUUGCCAUUGCUUUAAAAAGAAGAAAUGAUACCAAGGGAGCUGCUGAGAAUUACUACAAAGCCCUGCGUCUUUCAGAAGAGACCAAUAGGACUCAUAACCAAGCUAUUGUCYUGGCUAAUUUUGGGGCCCUCUGUCUGCAUGCAGCAGCCAGAAAGCUGGCAGAGCACUAUUAUAUCAGGGCAGUGAAACUGUUCUCCACGCUUCCAGUUAUGGACUGUGGCCGAGWUUUUAAUCAAGUCCUCCUUCAGCUGGGAUGUUACUACGUUAGUGGAUCUCAGAGAGAAAAAGGAAGAUUUUAUUAUGAAUGGGCAUUUUUAGUUGCAAUGGAGACAGGGCAUCUGGAAAGUCAGCUUCAAGCUAUUAAGCUGCUGUGUCAAUUCUACAGUACAGUUAUUCCUAAUGAGGCUCAAUGUGUCAUCUACAAUGAAUAUCAGCUAUCUUUAGCUAGAAAGAUGUCCAACAAAGUUUUGGAGGGACAAGUUUUGGAAACUAUUAGUCAGCUCUAUCUGUCGCUAGGAACAGAAAGGGCUUAUAGGUCAGCUCUGGAAUAUACCAAAAGAAGCCUUGGAAUAUUUAUAGAUCUUCAGAAAAAAGAGAAAGAAGCAUAUGCUUGGCUGCAGGCAGGAAAGAUUUAUUACAUUCUUAGGCAGAAUGAGCUUGUGGAUCUUUAUAUUCAGGUUGCUCAGGAUGCUGCUCUUUACACAGGAGAUCCAAAUUUAGGAAUGGAGCUGUUUGAAGCUGCUGGAGACAUAUUUUUCAAUGGCACUUGGGAAAAGGAGAAAGCAGUGACUUUCUACAGGGAUAGGGCCAUUCCACUUGCUGUUGAGACGGGUAAUAAAAAUGCUGAACUCCGACUAUACAACAAGCUGUCAGAACUGCUGGCAAACCUGAAGGCUUAUGAGGAAAGUCUGGAAUAUGCAAGAUUAUCCCUGAUGCUCAGUGUGAAUUUAGGAAAUCAGCUCAAUGAACGAGUAGCCUACCAUCGCCUGGCUGCCAUCCAUUACCAUCUGGGUCACUGUGAGCUUGCUGAACACUUUUACUUGAAAGCCUUGUCCCUCUGUUCCUCUCCUUUGGAGUUCGAGGAAGAAACACUGUAUUACGUSAAGGUGUACUUGAUCUUGGGAGACAUCAUAUUCUAUGACCUAAAGGAUCCUUUUGAUGCAGCAGGUUAUUACCAUUUGGCACUGGCUGCCGCCAUGGACUUGGGUAAUAAAAAAGCCCAGUUGAAGAUUUACACAAGACUUGCAGUCAUCUACCAUAACUUUCUUGUAGAUCGGGAAAUGUCUCUCUUCUUCUAUCAGAAGGCAAGAACUUUUGCAACAGAGCUGAAUGUUAGGAGAAUAAACCUAGCUCCUGAUAGGUGUUAUAAGAAUUCAAGAGCAUCUUUGAAAAAUGUAUUCUAACAUCAAUGGAAGCAGCUAGAGAAAUACUGCAUCAGCCUUGGAGCAUGCAGAAUGCAUUUAAUGUGUCAUACGGCCUAUAUUUAAGUGGAAGCUUAGCCUCUGAAACAGGUUCAAAUUGAUUUUUUGAUUACCUGUUAUGACUGUGGACUGUGUUUGUCUGAGAUGUGCAGUCCUGUCUCUGUAUUUGAAGAUCAGUGUAUGAACUAAACCACAACCUGAAGGCCUUUAUCUUUUUAAAAACUGCAUUUUUUCUUUGCUAAUUGUUUUUGCAUAGCUGGAUAUCAGGCACAAAAUGAUUGAUGCAUGUAUACAAUGAAAUAUAUUUAAUAAAGAAUUGCAGAGGGCUAACACUCCAUGAAAAGCUGUGGCUUUCUUUGACCCAGCUUUAUUGUAUUUACUCAAUGUUGUAGAAAUAUUUGCACAAGCAUKUUAGGGUAUUUGGGAAUAAAUUUGAUCCAGUUCUCCAGGCAUCACUCAUCACUUUCCCUCAAACUUGCCUACUGUGGAACUCUUAAGCUCUUAGAGAAAACACUUUGUAGUCAUGAGAACACUUAUGUGCACUUAUGUGGCAAUUUUCAAAGCUGUCAGUAUUAUUUCCAUAGGACUUAUUCCAGCAGCUACUACAGCCUCCCCUAUAACUAUUAUGUCCAGUAGAAUAUAUU